AAAUAAUUGCAUGAUAAACGUGUAGUGUUCGGCAAAGCAGGAUACGUAACCAUUYAGAACGAAUCAGGAACAGAUUUGUGAUUUUACUCUGGGUUAUUUUACCUAUACCGUCAUAGAUUUCAAGUCUUUCAGCUUGGACGAGUACAGAUGUCKACCGCAAACUUUGUUUUGAUAAUCUUUGAAUUUCUUUUCUUCAUUUGGUGUUUUGUCGAUCAUGUCGUACCGCAAAUUCACCAAAAUUACUGCGUUGUCGGAGCAGGGCCAGGAGGUCUUCAGAUGGGAUUUUUCCUGCAGAAAGCGGGCAGAGACUAUAUUAUAUUUGAACGAAGUGGAGUGGCAGGUUCCUUUUAUGUUAAAUUCCCAAGACACAGAAAGCUAAUUUCUAUAAAUAAAAGGCAUACAGGUAAACCCAACAAGGAGUUCAAUUUACGGCAUGACUGGAACUCCCUGAUCAGUGAUGAUGAGUCUCUGUUGGUGAAGCAUUAUUCAAAGGAGUUUUUCCCCAAAGCUGAUGACUAUGUAAGAUAUCUCAAUGACUUUGCAAAGAAACUUGAGCUCAAAGUACAAUACAACACUGAUAUCAAACACAUCUCUAAACAAGAAGAUGGACAGUUUUACUUGAAAGAUAGCAAUGGCACAGAGUACAGUUGCAAAUACCUUAUUAUGAGCACUGGAAUAGCAGUUGAAAAUAUUGGCAGGAAUUUCAAAGGGAUUGAAUAUACAGAGAAAUACAGUGAAAUAUCUACCAACCCUGAUGACUAUGAAGGUCAAAGUGUGCUUAUAGUUGGAAGAGGAAAUUCAGCAUUUGAGACUGCAGAUAGUAUCAUGGGAGCCACAAACCUUGUUCAUAUGAUAUCAAGAUCACGCAUUCGUAUGGCCUGGGAAACACACUAUGUGGGAGAUUUAAGAGCUAUUAAUAAUGGAAUUCUGGACACCUAUCAAUUGAAAUCAUUAGAUGCCUUACUUGAGGCACCAAUUGAACAACUUGCAGUAGUAAAGAAGGACAACAAGCUUUAUGUGGAUGCUUAUGAUGGUGAUGGUAGCAAUGCAAUUCCGACAAGAUUUAAGCAGAGUGGCCAACCUGACAAUUUUGCUAUUCGAGAGCCUUAUGAUAGAAUCAUACGCUGCCUGGGUUUUCAGUUUGAUUUUUCCAUUUUUGAUAAUGCAACAAAUCCUGGUCGAUGCCAAGGUACGCGGGUAAAGAAAUAUCCAAACAUCAAACCCAAUUAUGAAGCAAGCAAAGUUCCAAACAUGUACUUCUCUGGAACCAAUACUCAUUCCAUUGAUUUUAGGAAAUCAGCUGGUGGUUUCAUCCACGGGUUUCGAUACACAACUCGAGCCUUACAUUAUUUACUGGAAUGGAAGAACCAUGGGGUUGUAUGGCCUCAUGUUGUUGUCCCUUAUCUUGAUCUUAUGAACAUAAUUAUAAAAAGAAUCAAUGAAGCUUCGGACAUCUAUCAGAUGUUUGGUGUUCUUGGCGAUGUUGCUAUYUUGCGUGAUGAUGGUCAAGUUGCUUACUUCGAGUCCUUUCCCGUCAAACUUGUAAACGAAUUCCAAAAACACACAGGGUACCCAGAAGGACCAAUGAUUGUUCUCAACAUGGAAUACGGCAAAGACUUCUCUGGCGCUGGCAAAGACACCUUUAAGUCUGACAGAGCGACAGGCGAGCCAUCUGAAGCUCAUUUAUCAAAUUUUCUUCAUCCUGUGUUUUAUUUCUACCGAGAACCACCCAAAGAGAUGGAUAUCGAUGGAAAUAAGAUUAAUUUACCUCGUCCUGAUCGUAUUCAUCACAUUGUAGAAGACUUCAUCACCUUGUGGACUGCUCCAGAAUCUCACCUUCUGCCAUUGCGUCGCUUUUUUGAGUACGUUAAGAACCAGGAUCUCCGCCAUUUCUUUGCAAAAUCGUGCUUCAAGAUGAUGAUGACACACGAAACAAUCCCCGAAUCUUGUCAACUACAUUACUUACAAAAUCAAGGUCUUCCUGGAACUCAAAUGCUGUUCGAGGCUGCRCAGUCACUCACUGUCCAGUUGUAAUACAACGACCCGCCAUCAUAAUCCAUGGCCAAUCAAAUCCAACAAUAAUUAAUUAAUAAUUAAUUGUAGUAAUUGUGCAUUGUUGAUUUAAAUAACGGCUAGUACUCUUCAACAGUUGUUAAUUCAAUCGUGUAGUCGUACUGUUAUCUAAUAAAUUAUUUAACUCAAUAAUUUAAUUCCCGUGCUUAUCAUGCACUGUAUUAAGUUAACUGAAUUAUUUAAACAACCACUGUAUGUGUAAAAUAAAGCAUUCUUUUGUACUUCUGGA